CGCUCUUCCUGCGCGCGGCCCUUCCUCCAGCCUCCGGGAGUAGGCGACACUGCCUGAAGCCGCCUGUGCGCCGGCGGGGACAGGGCGGCCUAGGAGGCAGGGGCCCGCCGCCGCGUUGGAGCUCUUCCCUCAGCCUCCCUGCCGCCGCCUCUCGCGCCUCCUGGAGCGACUAACACUGAUCUGAUGCCUCCCACCCGACUGGGAUCGGGCUAGUGAACCGGAGCAAAGGACUUCGGAUCCACUCUGCGCUUUAGCGGCACCCUUUUGGGAUUUGAUUUGCAGCAUCUUUGGGCUGGUACCAUUAAAAAAAAAAAUCCCGCGAAGAACGCCUAGCCCUCCCCUGGCACCCCAAGACAAACCCACUCCCUCCUAGGGACACAACUGGGCGCGUCCACACCCCCGCAUCCCCUACACCAUGUUGUGCGGAAGGACUUCCACUCCCCGCCUGUGUCGUUGAUGUCAGACCCCAGGCCAGCCUCCGGGCGCUGCAGUUCUCCUGGUUAAUGCUGCGGCUGUGGUUAGGGCUUUAGUACAUAAGCCAGCCGCCGCCGCCCCCCACUUCCCCACCCCCGGCCUCAGCGCCCACAGUCUGCAUGUGUGUGCGGUAGCCGGCUGCCCAUCCCGCCGCUCGUGCUCUCCUGGAGCUCUGGAUACCACCGCGGGGCAUUUCUCUGCCCGUGGGAGAAGUGGCCUUGGAGGAAUUGAUAACAGUGGUUGGAUUUUUCCCGUGGAUCUAUCAAUUCACAAUUCGGAUUUGGAAGAAAGAAGGAAAACAUGACGUCUCCAGCCAAAUUCAAAAAGGAUAAGGAGAUCAUUGCAGAGUACGAUACUCAGGUCAAAGAGAUCCGGGCUCAGCUCACAGAGCAGAUGAAAUGCCUAGAUCAGCAGUGUGAGCUCCGGGUGCAGCUGUUGCAGGACCUGCAGGACUUCUUCCGCAAGAAGGCAGAGAUUGAGAUGGACUAUUCUCGAAAUCUGGAGAAGCUAGCCGAACGCUUUCUAGCCAAGACACGAAGCACCAAGGACCAGCAAUUUAAGAAGGACCAGAAUGUUCUCUCUCCUGUCAACUGCUGGAACCUCCUCUUAAACCAGGUGAAGCGGGAGAGCAGGGAUCAUACUACCCUGAGUGACAUCUACCUGAAUAAUAUAAUUCCUCGAUUUGUUCAAGUCAGCGAGGACUCAGGAAGACUCUUUAAAAAGAGUAAAGAAGUUGGCCAGCAGCUCCAAGAUGAUUUGAUGAAGGUCCUGAACGAGCUUUAUUCGGUCAUGAAGACAUAUCAUAUGUACAAUGCUGACAGUAUCAGUGCUCAGAGCAAACUAAAGGAAGCAGAGAAGCAAGAAGAGAAGCAAAUUGGCAAGUCAGUAAAGCAAGAGGACCGGCAGACCCCUCGCUCCCCUGACUCCACGGCCAAUGUCCGCAUUGAGGAGAAACAUGUCCGGAGGAGUUCAGUGAAGAAGAUUGAGAAGAUGAAGGAGAAGCGACAAGCCAAGUACACAGAGAAUAAGCUGAAGGCCAUUAAAGCCCGGAAUGAGUAUUUAUUGGCUUUGGAGGCAACCAAUGCAUCUGUCUUCAAAUACUACAUCCAUGACCUGUCUGAUAUUAUCGAUCAGUGUUGUGACCUAGGCUACCAUGCUAGCCUGAACCGGGCUCUACGAACUUUCCUGUCUGCUGAAUUAAAUCUGGAACAAUCAAAGCAUGAAGGCCUGGAUGCUAUUGAAAAUGCAGUAGAAAACCUAGAUGCCACCAGUGACAAGCAACGGCUCAUGGAGAUGUACAACAAUGUUUUCUGCCCCCCUAUGAAAUUUGAAUUCCAGCCCCACAUGGGAGAUAUGGCUUCUCAGCUCUGUGCCCAACAGCCUGUCCAGAGUGAGCUGGUGCAGAGAUGCCAACAACUGCAGUCUCGCUUAUCCACUUUGAAGAUUGAAAAUGAAGAGGUGAAGAAGACAAUGGAGGCCACCCUGCAGACCAUUCAGGACAUUGUGACCGUUGAGGAUUUUGAUGUAUCUGAUUGCUUCCAGUAUAGCAAUUCCAUGGAGUCUGUCAAAUCUACUGUCUCAGAAACAUUCAUGAGCAAACCCAGCAUUGCUAAGAGGAGAGCUAACCAGCAAGAGACGGAACAGUUUUAUUUCACGAAAAUGAAGGAGUACUUGGAGGGAAGGAACCUCAUCACAAAGUUACAAGCCAAGCAUGACCUCCUGCAGAAAACCCUGGGAGAAAGUCAGCGGACAGAUUGUAGUCUUGCCAGGCGCAGCUCGACCGUGAGGAAACAGGAUUCCAGCCAGGCAAUCCCUCUGGUGGUAGAAAGCUGCAUCCGGUUUAUUAGCAGACAUGGCCUACAACAUGAAGGAAUUUUUCGGGUGUCUGGAUCACAAGUGGAAGUGAACGACAUAAAAAAUGCCUUUGAGAGAGGAGAGGACCCCCUGGCUGGGGACCAGAAUGACCAUGACAUGGACUCCAUAGCUGGUGUCCUCAAGCUUUACUUCCGGGGCCUGGAACACCCGCUCUUCCCCAAAGACAUCUUCCAUGACUUGAUUGCCUGUGUCACAAUGGACAACCUGCAAGAGAGAGCUGUGCAUAUCCGGAAAAUCCUUUUGGUCUUGCCCAAGCCCACUCUGAUUAUCAUGAGAUACCUCUUUGCCUUCCUCAAUCACUUAUCACAGUUCAGUGAAGAGAACAUGAUGGACCCCUACAACCUUGCCAUCUGCUUCGGGCCCUCACUGAUGUCAGUGCCAGAGGGCCACGACCAGGUGUCUUGUCAAGCCCACGUGAAUGAGCUGAUCAAAACCAUCAUCAUCCAACAUGAGAACAUUUUCCCAAACCCCAGGGAGCUGGAGGGGCCCAUCUACAGCAGAGGAGGAAGCAUGGAGGAUUACUGUGACAGCACUCAUGGAGAGACUACCUCUGCCGAAGACUCCACCCAGGACGUUACAGCAGAGCACCACACGAGUGAUGAUGAAUGUGAACCCAUAGAAGCCAUUGCCAAGUUUGACUAUGUAGGCCGGACAGCCCGAGAACUAUCUUUCAAGAAGGGAGCGUCCCUGCUACUUUACCAGCGAGCUUCUGAUGACUGGUGGGAAGGCCGGCACAAUGGUAUAGACGGACUCAUCCCCCAUCAGUACAUUGUAGUCCAAGACACCGAGGAUGGUGUCGUGGAGAGGUCCAGCCCCAAGUCUGAGAUUGAGGUCAUGUCUGAGCCACCUGAAGAAAAGGUGACAGCCAGAACGGGGGCCAGCUGUCCCAGUGGGGGUCAUGUAGCUGAUAUUUAUCUUGCAAACAUCAACAAGCAAAGGAAGCGUCCAGAAUCUGGGAGCAUCAGAAAAGCCUUUCGGAGUGACAGCCAUGGGCUGGGCAGUUCUCUGACUGACUCCUCCUCCCCGGGGGUGGGGGCUAGCUGCCGUCCGUCCUCCCAGCCCAUCAUGAGCCAGAAUCUCCCCAAGGAAGGGCCAGAUAAGUGUUCCAUCAGCGGCCAUGGCAGCCUCAACUCUAUCAGCCGCCACUCGUCCUUGAAGAACCGGAUGGACAGUCCACAGAUCCGGAAGACUGCCACUGCAGGAAGGUCAAAAAGCUUCAAUAACCAUCGACCAAUGGACCCUGAAGUCAUUGCACAGGAUAUUGAAGCAACAAUGAACUCUGCCCUGAAUGAGCUUCAAGAGCUAGAGCGGCAGAGCAGUGCAAAGCACACACCGGAUGUGGUUCUGGACACCUUGGAACCCCUCAAGACCUCCCCAGUAGUAGCCCCCACAUCUGAGCCCUCCAGCCCCCUGCACACCCAGCUCCUCAAGGACCCUGAGCCUGCCUUCCAGCGCAGCGCCAGUACUGCUGGGGACAUUGCCUGCGCCUUCCGGCCCGUCAAGUCUGUCAAGAUGGCUGCUCCAGUCAAACCACCAGCCACACGGCCCAAGCCAACUGUCUUCCCCAAAACAAAUGCCACUAGCCCUGGUGUCAAUUCAUCUGCUUCCCCACAGUCCACUGACAAGUCUUGUACUGUCUAAGGGGUAUAACGUAAUUACUCUAGACAAGGAGACUGGCCGUUUUUAAAAUCUUCCUAUUUAACUAGCUUGGGGACUCAGUUGAAAAUUAGGUUCUAAGUUGUUCUUACAGGAAUUAGCCUUCCCAUUACCCAGACCCUGCGAAUGAAGCCCUUGUUUCUGCUUUUCCCUUCUGGUCCUUCCUCCACUCUUUGCUUCCCUCUGUUGUUGGAAUCCAACCAGCUCCAGUACAUACUAUUCUUAGGUUAGCCAAUGUCAGGUUUUCCAUUAUCGGGUUGCUAUGAUAUCUGCCAAGGCAAGACAUGGGGACACGGACCUAAGUCUGUCCCUUCAGACCAUAGAGGACACCUUGACCAGAUGUUUGGCUGCAGCUCCCAAUGACAUCUUGUUUUUCAGUACUGAUUUAAAAAUUCAUAUAUAGCCCAGUUUUCAUUUUAUAUAAAUAUAUAUAUUUGUGUGUGUGUGUGCGUGCGCAUGCACACCCGUAUACACACACACAGGUUUUUCUGGUCUCUGGUGUAGCCUCUCCUGGUCAUAGACCACUCUUUGUUGUGGUGACAGUUCACAAAGAAGCCACCAGGAGUCUCUGUUCUCAUCACAAACUUUGUUCUGUUUGGAACAGAAAAACCUGGCCUUUGAAAUCUCUGUCAUAAAACUUUAGCAGAAUGGGACAGUCCUGUGAUCUGACGUGCAGGUAGGGAUUCUGUCUUCUUCCUCUUGCUGUGAGUUAGUCACUGGUUGGUUGUUUGCAUUUGCUCUGCUCCAUUCUGUAGAAGUGCAUCCCAGUCUUAUCACGGAGCUUUUGAAGUUUUUCUGAACAUAUAGACUUCUCUUCGGUUCCUGUCUUUGUCUCUAACACACCGUUUUCCAUGUAAGAUGUUUCCCAUAUAAGACAGUUCUAUAGCUAGUUCCUUUAGAGAAAAAAAGUCUUACAGUUUUAAUGUGUUCAUGGAAGGUUUGAAAAGGGUAGGAAAUGGGUCCUUUCUCCCAUCAUUUCUGGCAUUUAAAACUUAAAAAUCACUAUUCCAUUAAAAAAAAAAAAUUAAGUCACUCUCUACUAAUGCAGAAAUUGUGGCCAGAUUAAAACUAUUUCAAGUUCACCUCUUGGCUUAUUUGUUUAUCAAACUCUCUCUCUCUCGGGAUGAACAUCCCUUGGUAAAUUCUAGAGGUUCUGCCUCUUGGAACUGUCUUGUUUAUCCAAACAAGGAUGACUAAGGGAACUUUGACCCACACAAACUCAAAACUGUUUUCCCAAAAUCAGAAUCUUAAAAAGGGGAAAAAUUGAAUGUUUCACAUUGGAUCCUGCCUUGGGCCAUUUUUCAGAUGCGCUACCGUUGAAUGCACUCCCAGCCUACAAGCCUGGUGCUUGGAAAACCCUCUCCUCUUACACCGUGCUUCCCCAAGAGCACCAGAGCUAGGAAAUCACACUAUGGGAUCAUGUGUUUCAACAGCUCCUUGAAGCUCAGGCUCUUUCUAAUUCUCUGUUUUCUGGUUUGAAUGCUAUGCUUUUAUUUUAACUAUUGUCUUCUAUAGUUCAAGAAAGAUGGGUUUGCCAUCCGGGUUGGAACAUUUGAAUGUUCUUAGCUUUGGGCUAGAAAUGAUCCUUUUGGACCAACUUGUGAAGCUGGUAGUUGGAUCUGUAGACAGUGGUGGAUGUUUCUCUCGAAUGGGAGCUUGAAGGAGUCACCAGGGAGAAGAGUACCUGGCAACACCAGGAGACUGCUCCCUAGAGAAGAGAGCUCUAGCUCUCCUCAAGUAGCGUGCGUUUGACUGCAUGGCACACCCCUUGGUCCUUUGGAUAUCUGAUUCUUGGUGUUCUUUUUACUGAUCUGGGUUUGUACUGCUCCUGAGCCAAUAGGGGCUUCCAGACUGGAGGAUCCGUUUCCUUGAUGAACAUGAAGCCCCACCCUUCACUUUUUACAUUCCUCUUAAUCCAAGUGAUCAGAGUUUCCAACCUGUCCUUUAUCUCCAGGACACUACCCUCUCAGAAGGUAAACACAAAGGUUCUUAAAGACCAUACUUGAGCCUGUUCGUUUCUUCUUGCCUUCUCUCUUAAUCCUGUACAUUAUUUGUGUUUUUUCAUCCCUUUGGUCGAUGUCCAUCUGCUGAUUUGCAUAAUGAACUGGACAGUGUACAAGUGGGUCCCACUAUCCCCAGCUCUGGGAACCUAGCUGUCUUCCGUAUUUAUCUCUGGUGCUUCUGACGCCUGUGAGAUGGUCCUGUUAAAAGGAGUAGGAGGAACCAAAAGGAGGAGAGUCCUCCUCAGCAGAGCUCACUUCAACUGGAAUUGAGGUUGCACACUGUGAUUUCACAACCAAAAGCCAAAAGGAGCCGGCCACCCCAGGCCUUGGCCAGCCAGCCUUCCUCGGAGAGGCUUGUCCGAAACCAGCAUGAUGCUUCCAAGAGCCCUGCUCUGCCCCUCGUGGCAUGGAUCCUUUCCCUGGUGUGGACUUAAGUCUCUGGGGAAGAAAAGUGGGUGGGGCUGCCAGCAUCCCAGUUUGGAAAGUAGAGGAGUUUGCCACCAGCAGCUUAUAAACUGGAAAUGCUGGUCUCCGCCAGCCUCCUCAGGCCACCCUCAUUUAUCCCCAAGAAGAUGAGAAAUCCUUCCAGUACCAGGACGAACAGACCACUGGAAGGGCUGGUGUGCAUGGACUUCGGUUCAGAAGAGAACUUAGAUCUUCCAGGGAACUGCAGUGUUGUGGCGUCUGAUUUAUAUGUCACAUUUGUGUAAAAUGGUAUGUUCUUUAAAAUGGUGUUGAUAACUGGAAUAUUGUAUGUAUGCUUGAAGAUGCUUUGUGUGAACCUAAGACUCACUCAGCCGAUGUUGGAUUGGGGAGAAUCCAAAGCACAACUUCAAAAUAAAAUACGGUUUUUAGGUUUC